AUGGCUAACAAUUCUAUCCCCGCCUCCUCGGCCGGCAGGAUUGCAUCGUAUUCAAUCACGUCACCGUCUGCCCCAGAAAUAGAAAUAGCACAGGCAGAGCAUCGCAUCACGCUCAUCAAUCGCUGGGGCAUCGGGCCUGGUCAACGAGUCCUAGAGAUAGGCUGCGGACAGGGCAACGCCACGGCUGUCUUGGCCGAGGCCGUCGGAGAGACCGGCUGCGUCGACGCCGUCGACCCCGCCCCGCCAGACUACGGGGCGCCCUUCACGCUGGCGCAGGCGCAGGCGCACAUCUCCGCCAGCGCCGUAGGUGGCCGCAUCACCUGGCACAAUGCGGACCCGCUCGCCUUUUUGCGGUCCGGGAACCCCGCCGGCGCGACCUGGGACGUCGCCGUGCUGGCCCACUCCAUCUGGUACUUUGCGUCGAGGGAGGUGGUGGCCGAGAUCCUGCGGGCGCUGCGCGGCAGGGCGGCGAGGUUGUGCGUGGCCGAGUACGCCCUGCGCGCCCCCGAGACUCCGGCCGCGACGCCGCACGUCCUGGCCGCCGUGGCGCGGGGGAUGCUCGAGUGCCAGAACGCCGAGAGCACGGCCAACAUCCGCUCGCCGCUGAGCCCCGAUGCCAUCGCUGAGAUUGCUGCGAGGGCCGGGUGGACGCUGGAGCGGCAGGCGACGGUUGUGCCCGGGCCGGGGCUGCUGGACGGCCACUGGGAGGUGGGCAGUGUGGUUGCUCAGUCGUUUGUUCGUGAGGUUGAAGAUGCGGUUCGGGAUGAGGGAAUGCGGUUGGUUCUGGCGUCGGUGAGAUAUGCGGUCGUUGCGGCUGUGGAGGCCCUGCAGGGGGAAAAGGUCAGGACGAUGGAUAAUCGUCCGCAUUGUUUGGAGUUAGACCCAAGGGAGCCCCUGAGACCCUCCAAAGCCCCCUAUGUCUUUAAUCCCGCGCGUUAUCCCUUGCAAGCCAAGGAAAGAAGCAACUACGGCACCCCAGCCUCCCUCUCACUUCCCCCGAUCCUGGGGCAAGAAACACGAUCUCUGCACAAGGGUCUUUCAGGUACGGGCAUGCAUAUUAGAGGGGAUUUAUGA